UGGGGCCGGAGCUGCGUGAGAGGCGGCCGGCGGCGGCUGCGGGUUCGUUUGCGUGCCAAGAAGCCCCGUGCGGCAGGCUAUACCUGUACGGACAGGCCCUGCGUGGUGCUCUCUGCUGUGAGCUGUGUGAGACGUCAUGGCAGAAGCACUUACCUCCCCAGGGCUGUUCUCUGACGAUGAAGUUGCAGCUUCCCCUGUGCUUGAGUCCACAGCAACUGGGUUUGGGGCUGAUUUGCGCAAAGACCUGCUGUCAGAGUUCUCUGCCAUCUCCCCAAACCUGGAGAGCUCCCAGGCUGUAGCUGAAGACAAUAAUGGCAAAUUAAAGGUCUAUCUAAGAGUUCGACCUCUGAAAUCUACAGAAGUGGAAAAAGGGGAAGACCAGGGCUGUGUCUGCAUUGAGAACUCAGAGACCCUUCUUCUAAAAGCUCCUAAGAACUCCUUUACCAUGCGGUGCAUGGAACGUGGAGUGGGACAAGCAUUGCAUAGGUUCUCUUUCACUCGGAUCUUUGGACCAGACGUGGGGCAGAAAUUGUUCUUUGAUGAGACAAUGAAACAGGUGAUAAAGGAUGUAUUGAAUGGGCAGAACUGUCUGGUUUAUACCUAUGGCAUCACCAAUUCAGGGAAGACUCACACGAUUCAGGGCACCAACCAAGAUGGGGGGAUUCUGCCUCGCUCUUUGGCAACCAUCUUCAACAGUGUGGGGGACCAGCUGUACCAAGCCAUGGACCUGAAGCCUUCCCUCUCCAACGAGGUGAUCUGGCUGGACAGCAGGCAGGUGAAGCAGGAAGAGACCAAGAAGCAGAUGAUGCUGCAGGGAGGUCUCUGGGAGGAGGAGCUGUUAACGCCACUGAAGAGGAGUUGCAGUGCUGAAUCUCAGCUCCAGGCCACCACCAGUGGCAGUUUUGACAGUGGAGUUGCUGGCCUCUCUUCAUCCAGCCAACUCACCAGCCGUUCAGACGUCAGCCAGACUGAAGAACUGGGCCCUCUCUGGGCUGAUUUGGAUCGGAUUUCACUCACCAGCACAGGAAAUGUGCAGUUCUCCAUCUGGGUUUCCUUCUUUGAGAUUUACAAUGAGUUAAUCUAUGACUUGUUAGACCCAACUCUCUCUGGACAGAACCGCAAGCGGCAAACACUGCGGCUCUGCGAGGACCAAACUGGCAACCCCUAUGUGAAAGAUCUGAACUGGUUCAAUGUCCAGGAUGCUAAUGAAGCCUGGAAGCUCCUGAAACUGGGUAGGAAAAACCAGAGUUUUGCCAGCACCCACAUGAACCAGAACUCCAGUCGCAGUCACAGUGUUUUCUCCAUUCGGAUUCUGCACUUGCAAAGAGGUGGCAGUGAAGUUGUUCCAAAAAUCAGCGAGUUAUCCCUGUGUGACCUGGCAGGGUCCGAGCGCUGCAAGGACCAGAAGAGUGGGGACCGAAUGAAAGAAGCCAACAACAUCAACACCUCCCUGCACACACUGGGCCGCUGCAUCGCUGCGCUCCGCCAGAACCAGCAGUCCAGGACAAAGCAGAUGGUGGUUCCAUUCCGGGACAGCAAGUUGACCCGUGUGUUCCAGGGGUUCUUCACUGGGCGCGGGCGCUCCUGCAUGAUUGUCAACAUCAACCAGUGUGCAUCCACUUAUGAUGAGACUCUUUAUGUAGCCAAGUUCUCAGCCAUUGCCAGCCAGCUUGUGCAGGCACCUCCCACAAAGCUGGGACUUCCAUCCCUACAAUCCAUCAUCAAAGAGCACAGCAGGAGAAUCAGCCAGGGGGCAGAGGCAAAGGAAGAAGUGGACUCAGAAGAAGACGAAGACACUGAGGAUGAGGCAGAUGUCUCCAUGUAUGAGAAGAAGGACUUGCUGCGUGCAGCAGAAGCUGCACGAGAACUGCUGGUGCAGGAGCGGCUGAAGAAGCUGCAGCUCGAGAUGCGCCUGCGUGAGGAGAUCUGCAAUGAGAUGAUGGAGUACAUGCAACAGAAGGAGCAGUGGUGGAGCCAACAUGUGGAUGCUCAGAGGGAGCAGCUGGAGGAACUGUACGAGGAAAAACUGACUAUCCUGAAGGAGUUAUUGACUGACCAUUACCAGGAGAAGAUCCAGGAGCGUGAUGAGGAGAUUUUGGAGCUCCAAGCUACUCUGCGGGAGACCAGAGAAAAAUUGGAAAGUCUGGAUACUAAGGAAAAGGACUCGGAGCAAGGCUUACGUCGAUCCAAGCGAGUGGCUACUUCCUCAUCUACUGUGCAGAAGGAGCUGGCAGAUACCAAAGCCAGACUGGAGCAGUGUCAAAGGGAGUUACAUACCACGACUGCAGAGUUGCACAGGUACCAGAAACUAGUGGAGCCACCUCCCUCUGCCAGACCCAUUACUAUGGAUGUAGACAGGAAGCUGGAGGAUGGACAGAAGAAUGUCAGGUUGCUGCGUUCAGAGUUACAAAAAAUUGGGGAGUCUCUCCAGUCUGCAGAGCGAGCGUGCUGCCACAGCACAGGAGCAGGGAAGCUCCGAGAAGCCCUCUGCACGUGUGAUGACAUUCUGGCCAGACAGGACCAAACCCUGGCAGAACUGCAGAACAACAUGAUGCUGGUCAAGCUGGACCUGCGCAAGAAGGCGGCCUGCAUUGCUGAGCAGUACCACACGGUGCAGAAGCUCCAGGCUCCUCCAACAUCCACCCUCAAGAAACGCUUCUGUGCCAACAGGGAAAAUGUACAACCUAAUCAGCCCCCUGGUAAAAAGCCCUUCCUGCACAACCUCCUGACGCGUUCGGCCACCCGUCCUGUUGCUGCCAGAGGGUGGCAACUUCGUUCAGUCGCUCUAUGACUUUUCAGAAAGAGAUUCCUGCCCUGCUGUUACUGGAACAGGUGGCAAAUCCAAUAUAAUGGCAUCUGGUUUUCAUUGUGC